UGGUUCUCUUCCAUUUGGUACCAUUGUGGAAUCAGUCAUAUUCUGGCGAGACCCUCAAUACCUUCAGCUUUCGCAAAGUCUGGACUCUUCGUUUAUAAGUGGAUUAUGUGUGGAGCUUGAAGUAGAACCUAAAACCUGAAGCCGUUGACAAAAUGUUAAAGGACACGAACAUCGAAGAUAUCUAUGCCCGAAUCAUGGUGGCUCUGGCUGCCGUGGGAGUAUUGGUGAACAUUGGAUCUUUGAUCUUGCUCAUUCAGAAGCGAAAAAAGUUCAUGUUCCACACUUUACUGAAGAUCAUGUCCGUAUAUGAUUUGGUGGUGAUAACCGGUUGCGUCAUGCUGUACGCUCUGCCGGGCAUGUGGACUUGGUUCGGGACCCGGAUCUACCCAUACGCUUUGCCUUUCCUCCUUCCUAUCGUGCAAAUUGCCAUGAUGACUUCGAUCUACUGCACGAUUCUCAUGAGCUUUGAGCGCUAUGUUCGGAUCUGCCACUUGUGUCAACUCAAGAACUCCAAAAUCCUCACCGAAGAGAACUUCUGGUGUUACGUGGUCGGAUUUAUCUUCAUUCCCGUGAUUUUCUAUCUUCCCAAGUUCUUUGAGGUGCAAACCGUCUCCAAAGUACAAGUUCAAAAUUACACCAUCGAUUGCACGGCAAUGAGAGACGCAAUCACCCCUAACCCCAAUGUACCCGUUGAAUCCCCUCCUUCAACGAACGUUUCCAACUUAUCGGGGGUGGUUCUGGAAGACCUUUCACAAGAGCCAAUCACUUCGAGUCAGCUCAAUAUGAGUUAUGGGUUACCAGAGACCUCAGCCCAAAUCCAAUCACCAUCACCUGACUCCCACCCCCCCACGAUUCCUUCCUCUUCCUCAAUGUCGUAUCCGAUGUUCUGCCAUCGAUUCACCUUCACCAAACAGGACACCUACAUACGAGUUAUAAGUCGGAAACGGAAAUCUCUCGAGAUCAAGCCAAGCGAGCUCAGACAGAACGCUCUCUAUCACCACAUCUAUUGCAUUGGUCUCAAUACUGUCUUCGCUUCACUCAUACCACUGCUUUCUCUCAUAUACUUGAACAUUUGCACCGUAAUUGCUUUGCGGAAAAUGGGCCGAGACGUGGUGGAUUUGGCCUUUGAAGGCCAGAGGACGCCGGUGCGAACCUUUCCUGAACAAAGCUCGACUCGGCAAGCCAAUAGUGAAGGCUGCGUUCCCGUGUCUCGGCAGCCAUCGAGCCAACAAACACCGAAGGGACUGGGUCCCUUAAGAAGGAUGAUGAGAUCCCAAGGUUUCCAGAAAUCCAGGAGCUUAGAAGCGCUCCAGGGUCAUCGCAGGCCUUUUCUGAGCCAACCUGACGAGGCAGAUUUCAACUUUGCUAGCAACUCGAGCACUGACAAUUACAUUUUGGUAAUAAACAGCAACAACUCACAAACCUCACAACAGGCAUCAGGUAUCCAACCGUCACAGAGACCUCUCCGCAGAGCCUUCAAAAGAACAGCUAGUUACCUAACGAGAAGUGGAACAACAGUCACCAAAAGUGUUCCCCACCAGAGAUCGUUCAUAGCCUCAUUGGAGGCCAAAGCCGAGGACCUAGCCAGUCGGAAGGCCUCUUCAUUGAUGCGACGCCAAGAGAACCGAUUGACGAGGAUCUCGUUGUCGAUCGUGUCCUUGUUCGUACUGUGCCAUAUCUGGCGACUCAUACCCACAGCAUAUGAGGCCUUCUUCUCCGUCAAUGGAACCGUCCUCAAUCAAUGGCCGGUGUGGCUACUCCACAUCCAUCAUUUAUCCCAUACCUUGAUCGUGUUGAAUUCUUCCGUGAAUUUUUUGUUGUAUGUUGUCUGGUGAAGCAGGUUGGUAGUGUCAUUUUACGUUAUCCGUGGCGCUGAGUUUUUGAAAUAUAGAUUACGUAUAUCUCC